CAGAUUAUUUCGAAGAUUACUCAAGAUUAAGAAGAAAAACCAAGUGCUGCUGUAUAAGAGAAUAUUCACUUAUCUCUGUCGUCUUCCAACAACAGCAACAAUUGAAAUUAUUAAUAAUAAAAAUAAUAAUAAUAAUAAUAAUAAUCAGAAUACAUAUAUUAAGUGUAAAUUUCGGUACCUUCAAGAAUUCGCAAUUGGUAUACAUCUGUUUCGGUUUUCCUAGCAGACAUGCCUGUAGCCCAAACUCCUCUUCAAAUUGCACAGGUGUGCAAGCUAAUUCAGCUGGUUUACGAAAAGGACAAAGUCGAAAUCCAAAAGCUGAUCGGCGAAGGAAUCCCUCACCUCAUCAACUUCAAUGAACCGACUUACGGCCGGACGGCCCUCAUAGUCGCCACUAUGUCCAACAGCGACAACAUGCUCGAGUUCCUCCUGGAACUCGGUGCCCACCCCGACGUCGUUGACUUCCAAGGAACAUCGGCCGCCAUGAUUGCUGCGGAAUACGGCCACGUCCAGUGCCUGGAGAGGCUGGCUAACAACAGAGCUAACAUGAGGCUAAUUGAUGUCCAAGGCAGAGGUAUUUUGUUUUACAUGUUCACUCCAAGUCAGAGGCAUUAUCGCAGUUACGAAUUGGCAAUUCAACACGGCGCCGAUGUGAACACGGUGGCUAAAGAUGGUACGAGCGCCUUGCAGCUGGGAUGUGAAUCUGCAGUUGAGAACGAAGAAAUUUGCCUCGGUCUUCUCAGAGACGGAAUAAACCCCGAUAUACGACCUCCGAAAACUAAUCACACACCUCUAAUGUCAGCCGCCCAAAGCGGCAGUGCAAAAGUCGUUAAGGCCAUUCUUGAGAAAAGGGGAGAUCCGAAUAUCAAGGACUGGAAGCGAAACAGAGCUGCCCACUUUGCCGCUGCCUACGGUCAUUUCGAGGUUCUGGCGGCCUUGGCUGGUUAUGGUGCAGAUUUCGAUUGUGCAAAUGUUGAAGGAAAUACCGCGCUCCACCUAGCGGCAAAAGGAAACUUCACCUUGUGCUGCCGAUUCUUGGCUCAGAGAGGCUGCAACGGCAAGUUCAAAAAUUCAGAUGGAUGCACGGCUCGCAUGAUGGCCAAAGAGUGUGGAAACAAACAAGCAGCAAAAGAAUGUAAGAAGGGAGAGAAACUGCAUGGUAAAAGCGGAAAAGGUUCCGAAAAAUUUGUUAUAAAAUUCCACGACUGGGCUUAUGUUAAUCUAGAAAAAAUAAGAGCCGCUUUAGCCAAGUACGAUACCCAUAAAAAUGGGGUUAUACCAGCAGUCUACUUAAGAAGAGUGGUGCUGUCUUUAGACGCGCCCAUUUCUUACGAACAUUUGGAAACAAUUAGCAAGCCGCUGGAGAAAGCUGGAUCUAUUAACGCGAAAGAUUUCCUGGCCGGUAAGAAAUACAUGAAAAAGGUUUUCCAACAAUCGUCUUACCUUCCGAAAGAAAAGAAAGCCAAAAGGGAGCGUCCAGGUAAAAUGGGGAAAUUCAAACUACCCAUGGCCAUAUGCACGAAUUCGAGCCCUAGGCGGACAGGAGUAAGCAAGCACCGAUUGAUUAUAUUGAAUUUAUUCUUGUGUAACAGAUACAAACGGUUCGAUCGCGACAUGCCACCGAAUCAUCCGAUGCAGGAUGAUUCGUAUUGGUACGUCCAAGUGCCGGACGUCACCUACACAAAUUAA